UGACAAUUUGUCGCGUCGUCGAUAUUUCACAUUCAUAGCCGUGCCUGAAACUGGUUCAAAUCGUCGAGUCUGUGCCCGCCGUGGUUGUCGUACCAUACCUACUGUACGUGUGAGCGUAGAGAUCUGGUGAGCUAGUUAUCAAGGUAGACAGUGGAACACUCGAUCAUUUCCUUCCUCUUCUCAGACAUCCUCCUCUGCCUCUUCCCUCUCCUCCAUUGGACGCUCUCCUCGCACGCACUUUGACCUUCUCUGGUCAUUCGUGCUACUGGGGAUCUCCUCCUCGUAUUACACAUGAGCAGCAACGGCGAAUCAAGCGUCCAGAACACGCAGAACCCUUUCGAAAUGGGCCAAAAGAUGGAGGGCCAGAAGCGCAAGCGCGUGUUGAUCGUGGGCGCUGGUGCGGCUGGCAUGUCCUGCGCUCACCACCUCUCCGAGCACCCCGACAAGUUUGAUGUCACCAUUGUCGAUGCCGUCGACUAUUGCGGAGGUCAGGCGUAUUCGAUUCCUCUGGACAAGGAGAAGACGGGUGCUUCAUGGCUGAACCAGGGUGUGCAGGGAGGUUCCUACAUCUUCCACCACACAUUGACCAUGUUUGCGCGCAAUGGUUUUUGGGCGGAUCCAGUGAAGCUUCAGGUCUCCUUCGGCAAGGGCGAGAGCUUCUGGAGCAAUGUCUACCCAACAAAGCUAUUGAAGAAGCAUGAGAGCGAGGUCAAGAGAUUUUACUGGAUGCUCAAGAUUGUUCGCACCCUCGAGGUCUUCUUCGCAUUGCUGCCGAUUAGACUAUUGGUUAAGCUGUUUUGGUUCAGCACCGAGUUUGCCAAUACUGUCGCUUUACCAAUGGUCGCCCUGUUCCUCGGAACUGGAAACUACACUCAGGAAGUUCCCUCGAUGAUGCUUGAGCGUCUCUGCACCAGUCCUACCUACGGCAUGUGGUACCCCCCGGACAAGCAGAGUGUUGCUUCAAACAUCCCACCCAUGGUCGUCUUCCCAAACUUAAGUGACUUUUACUCGACAUGGAAGAACAACCUCAUAAAGCGUGGUGUCAAUGUCCGCCUUUCGACCGAAGUUACACAAAUCAUCAAACGUGAUAAGAGCGGAGUUGUGGUGAAGAUCAUCAAGCGGACACCAGUGGAGGAUGGACACAAUCCCAACUCUGCUUGGGUCCCAGAUGAUGUCGAGGGCUCCAAGGCCGAUGCCGAUGCGGUCGAACACACUGAGGAGUACGACGAGAUUGUUCUCUGUGUCCUCACCGACACUGCCAAGCGUAUCCUCAAGCCGACCAUCACCUGGAACGAAUCCCGCGUGCUCGGAGGCGCCAAAUUCGCCAACGACAUCACUGUCACUCACCAAGACCACGAAUACAUGAAGCGCCACUACGAGAAUUUCUACGAUGAGAGCCUCGCUGUCGAACACCUCAACGGUAAGGACAUGCGCACCCGUUGUGACUACGCCAAGGAGAACUUCAAAGCCAUGUACCUGAUCCGCAUGUACCCGGAGGACAUGACCAAAUUAGAGAUGUGCUUCGACUGCACCAACUACCAAGCCCAAUUUCCUCCAGAAGUGCCCUUCGAGAAGCACGUCUUCCAGACCAUCUUCCUGAACAAAGAGCGCGACGGCAAAAUCUGGACCAUCGACGAAAUCGACGAGAGCAAAAUCAUCCGCAAGGACUGGUGGCACCAGCUCUGCCACAGCUACAGCCACUACCUAAAAGUGAUCCCGUGGAUGUGGACCCUGCAAGGCAAACGACACACCCGUUACGCUUCAUCAUGGACCCUUGUCAACGCCCACGAGACAGCCUGCAUUAGCGGCAUCAGCGCGGCUGUGGACCUCGGCGCCGAUUACCCUGCGGAUCUCGAGCGCGACAAGUUCGCUUUUCUGGCCUUCCGGUUGUACUACCUCCUCAUCUACGGAAAGUGGUACCGUCGCAAGGCGACCAAGAAGUCCCGCGAGGGUGAGGGUGCCCAGUGGGCUACGGGCAAUGAGUAUGGUAGCUUCUACGAUGGUCCCGGUGUCCAGACUGGCACCGACCGGUUGAUUUGGCGCAAGGAGGUCGAGGCUGGUCGCAGUCUCGAGAAGAUGUGAAUGGUGUAAUACCCGUGUUUAGGAUGUAAUGAUGGCAGAUAUCGAGGAGUUUCUCUUUGGAAAGUAAUGACACCCUUUUUCGUAAUUCGUACCGAGCUCUUCUAUAGUACAUACCCUAUCCUCUCCUUCGUUGCACCAUCUCUACUCGCUCUCCACUAUUUGAAGGCAGUCGUUUGGUCUCUGCAGCACCUGCAACACCACCACUGGUGAUAGCCUUUCGAGUGGAAGCCUCUCUCGCCUCUCGGACUUCCAUCUUACUCAAGCCCAGCUCACCUGCAUAUUCUCCGAACGCAAGCACGAUCUCCUCGAGACCAGCUUUGAUGACCUCAAGAACCUGGCGAAUGUCGGCAACUUCACGAUCGCGUUCCGAGAAGAGGA